UCCAGAGACUCACAGUUGGCUUGGAUUAUUUAUUGGUGGGUGGCUCAGGUUGAACUCCACACUGUGCUCCUGGGGUGAGGCAGAUGGCAGUCUUGCUUGGUGUUCUUACUCCUCCUAGGACGGCAGUAGUCCUCCAUGGUCCUGCCUUUCUGGGCAUAAUAGAGCCGGGGAUGUUUUCUGUGAGUUCUGAUUGCUCUUUGUGUGGGUCUCUGUCUUCUAGCUUGUUUGCUUGUGUUUUUCUGGAGCUCCUUUCUUCCCAGUGUUGCCUGGGGUCAGAGCUCACGCUGGGGAAAGAUGUGUUUUCAGUGAGGCUCAGCAGAACUCACUGGAGCUCUGGCUGCAGCUGUGGCUGGAGCUGGAGCCCAGAGACAAAGGCAUCCAUCGUCAAGAGUGGCGCUGGACUGGAAGCCCACUGUCCUGAGCAUUGCUGGGCACAAACGUGCCUCUUACUCUCCUCAACCUUUGUUCAUCUCUUUUCAUCAUUUGGAUAGGCAAGGGAAGUACUUGAGUUUAUGCUUAGUUUAUGGGAUAAAGUCACUCAUAUAUUAGGAGAGCUAGAACUGUUUUGAGCCUCAGUGUGUAUUACAUGUGCUCAAAGAACAAGGCUCCAGGAGCCUAGUUACUUGUCCUGGUGCGAAAGUGCAGUGUGUUCAGAUAGCUGAAUUUUUGUCAUGACCUUGACUCUUUCUCAGUUUGAAUGGAAAAAGUAAGUAGUUUUGCAUUUUUUUUUUUAAAGUUGCUGAUGCAGACUGUGAGGGUAUUUUUCUGUCCUACUUCUUCAACCUGAGUUUAUUACUCACUUAUCUUUAGAAGCUAGAACAAGAAAUCACACAUCUUGGAUCUCGCAGUGUUCCUUAAGUGAAUUUAAAAAGAAACCAGCCAUCUCAGAUACUUAAUUUUAUGUUUUCUAGAUAGUUUUAUAAAUCUAUAGACUUAUUAUCAAAGAAUCAUCAGGAAAAACAUUUUACUUCAGAGGUAUUUUGGUUCCUCUAGACCUUUUAAAGAACUUAUUUUUAUUGUCAAUCAGGAUUUUGAACUCUAAGGUUAGAAUUAGGUUGGAAAAUUGCCAAAGGCAUAAGUUUGAAGGCAGAAAUGGUUUAGGAACCAUCUAUAGACAUGAUCUGGGUCAGACCUGAUUUGCAACUCACUCAGUUUUGGAGUCAACUGUCAUUUUGUAAACAGAAGUCUGCCGGAUGAAUUGAACAGAAGGGCGAGAUUAGCAUAUUCAUAAGGUGCUGGCUACUGGCUUUCUUUUCUCCUCCCUCCUCUCCUUCCCUUUCUCUCUCCUUCCCUGAAUGAGUCUAGGAACACAGACCUACAGGGUCGCAUGACUAGCUGGUUUCAUUAUGUUCAGCGGCUUAAUCUGGCCAGGACGGUCUGUGUUUCAGAUUGCGGAAGCAGAAGAUUCGGUAACUGAGAGGCAUCUUUCGAGCUGCUGGAGUCUAUUACAGAAGGAACAUCUCCCAAAUUCGGCUUCAAGCUCUGAAAAGGAGCACACAGGGGAAGCUUAGUCUUGCUUUGGAUCAAGCAAAUGCUGUGGGAGCGGUGAACGGGGACUUUGUGUGCGGACUCCUGGCUUGAUCUUGAUAGGAUUGGGUGUAUGUUGGUGGAACUGGCAGGCCAAGAGGCCCUGAAACCAGCAGGUGCCAUCUGUAUGGAGAAAAGCGGCUGUAGUCCAUUUCCAGUCUGUUGGGCUAAAGAAUAUGACAGAUACCUAGCAUCUAGCAAAAGAAUGGCAGCUGCUUACCUUGAUCCAAACUUGAAUCAUACACCAAGUUCGAGUGCUAAGGCUCACCUGGGUAUUGGCAUGGAACGUUCCCCUGGUGCAAUGGAGCGAGUAUUAAAGGUCUUUCAUUAUUUUGAAAGCAAUAGUGAGCCAACCACCUGGGCCAGUAUUAUCAGGCAUGGAGAUGCUACUGAUGUCAGGGGCAUCAUUCAGAAGAUAGUGGACAGCCACAAGGUAAAGCACGUGGCCUGCUAUGGAUUUCGCCUCAGUCACCUGCGGUCGGAGGAGGUGCACUGGCUCCACGUGGACAUGGGUGUCUCCAGUGUGAGGGAGAAGUAUGAGCUUGCCCACCCACCAGAGGAAUGGAAAUAUGAAUUGAGAAUUCGUUAUUUGCCAAAAGGAUUUCUAAGCCAGUUUACUGAAGACAAGCCAACUCUGAAUUUCUUCUACCAACAGGUGAAGAGUGACUACAUGCUGGAGAUAGCUGACCAAGUGGACCAGGAAAUUGCCUUGAAGUUGGGUUGUCUGGAAAUACGGCGGUCGUACUGGGAGAUGCGGGGCAAUGCACUGGAGAAGAAGUCCAACUAUGAAGUAUUAGAAAAAGAUGUUGGUUUAAAGCGGUUUUUUCCUAAGAGUUUACUGGAUUCUGUCAAGGCCAAAACACUAAGAAAACUGAUCCAACAAACAUUUAGACAGUUUGCCAACCUUAAUAGAGAAGAAAGUAUCCUAAAGUUCUUUGAGAUCCUCUCUCCAGUGUACCGGUUUGACAAAGAGUGCUUCAAGUGUGCCCUUGGGUCAAGCUGGAUUAUAUCAGUGGAGCUGGCAAUCGGCCCAGAAGAAGGGAUCAGCUACCUGACAGACAAGGGCUGCAAUCCCACACAUCUGGCCGACUUCAACCAAGUGCAGACCAUUCAGUAUUCAAGCAGCGAAGACAAGGACAGGAAAGGAAUGCUGCAGCUCAAAAUUGCAGGCGCGCCUGAGCCUCUGACAGUGACAGCACCGUCCUUAACUAUAGCAGAGAACAUGGCUGACCUGAUAGAUGGAUACUGCCGACUGGUGAACAGAGCCACGCAGUCCUUCAUCAUCAGACCCCAGAAAGAAGGUGAACGGGCAUUGCCAUCAAUACCAAAGUUGGCCAACAGCGAAAAGCAAGGCGUGCGGACACACACAGUCUCUGUAUCAGGAGUCAGUCACUGCCAACCUAAAGUUAAGAAAGCUAGGCGCUUUCUCCCUUUGGUCUUCUGUUCUCUUGAAUCUCCUUCUACCGAUGAAAUUAGUGGGGACGAGACAGACGAUUAUGCGGAGAUCAUAGAUGAAGAAGACACAUAUACCAUGCCCUCAAAAAGCUAUGGAAUAGAUGAAGCCAGGGAUUAUGAAAUUCAAAGAGAAAGAAUAGAACUUGGACGCUGUAUUGGAGAAGGCCAGUUUGGAGAUGUGCACCAAGGCGUUUACGUCAGUCCCGAGAAUCCAGCUUUGGCAGUUGCAAUUAAAACAUGUAAGAACUGUACUUCAGACAGCGUGAGAGAGAAAUUCCUUCAAGAAGCCUUAACAAUGCGUCAGUUUGACCACCCUCAUAUUGUGAAACUGAUUGGAGUCAUCACAGAGAAUCCUGUCUGGAUAAUCAUGGAGCUGUGCACACUUGGAGAGCUGAGGUCAUUUUUGCAAGUGAGGAAGUACAGCUUAGAUCUGGCAUCUUUGAUCCUGUAUGCCUAUCAGCUUAGUACAGCGCUUGCGUAUCUGGAGAGCAAAAGGUUUGUACACAGGGACAUUGCUGCUCGGAAUGUUCUGGUGUCCUCUAAUGAUUGUGUAAAAUUAGGAGACUUUGGAUUAUCUCGAUACAUGGAGGACAGUACUUACUAUAAAGCUUCCAAAGGAAAAUUACCUAUUAAAUGGAUGGCUCCAGAGUCAAUCAAUUUUCGACGUUUUACCUCAGCUAGUGACGUGUGGAUGUUUGGUGUAUGUAUGUGGGAGAUACUGAUGCAUGGUGUGAAGCCUUUUCAAGGAGUGAAGAACAAUGAUGUGAUCGGUCGAAUUGAAAAUGGGGAAAGAUUACCAAUGCCUCCAAAUUGUCCUCCUACCCUCUACAGCCUUAUGACGAAAUGUUGGGCCUAUGACCCCAGCAGGCGGCCCAGGUUUACUGAACUUAAAGCUCAGCUCAGCACAAUCCUGGAGGAGGAGAAGGUGCAGCAAGAAGAGCGGAUGAGGAUGGAGUCCAGAAGACAGGCCACUGUGUCGUGGGACUCUGGAGGGUCUGAUGAAGCACCACCCAAGCCCAGCAGGCCUGGUUAUCCUAGUCCGAGGUCCAGCGAAGGAUUUUAUCCCAGCCCACAGCACAUGGUCCAGACCAAUCAUUACCAGGUCUCUGGCUACCCUGGUUCACAUGGAAUCACAUCCAUGGCUGGCAGCAUCUACCCGAGCCAGGCAUCUCUUCUGGACCAGACAGAAUCAUGGAAUCAUAGAUCUCAGGAGAUAUCAUUGUGGCAGCCUAGUGUGGAGGACUCAGCGGCCUUGGACCUGCGAGGGAUUGGGCAGGUGUUGCCUGCCCACCUGAUGGAAGAGCGGCUGAUCCGACAGCAGCAGGAAAUGGAAGAAGAUCAGCGCUGGCUGGAGAAAGAAGAGAGAUUUCUGAAACCUGAUGUGAGGCUCUCUCGAGGCAGCAUUGACAGGGAGGAUGGGAGUCUUCAGGGCCCGACUGGAAACCAACACAUCUAUCAGCCUGUGGGUAAACCAGAUCCUGCAGCCCCACCAAAGAAGCCACCACGCCCCGGAGCCCCCGGUCACCUAGGCAGCCUUGCCAGCCUCAGCAGCCCUGGAGACAGCUACAAUGAGGGUGUCAAGCCAUGGCGGCUUCAGCCCCAGGAAAUCAGCCCCCCUCCCACUGCCAACCUGGACCGGUCCAAUGACAAGGUGUACGAGAAUGUGACAGGUUUGGUGAAAGCUGUCAUUGAGAUGUCCAGCAAAAUCCAGCCAGCCCCACCGGAGGAGUAUGUCCCCAUGGUGAAGGAAGUCGGCUUGGCCCUGCGGACAUUAUUGGCCACUGUGGAUGAGACCAUUCCUGUCCUCCCAGCCAGCACCCACCGAGAGAUUGAAAUGGCACAGAAGCUUCUCAACUCUGACCUGGGUGAGCUCAUCGGCAAGAUGAAGCUGGCGCAGCAGUAUGUCAUGACCAGCCUGCAGCAGGAGUAUAAAAAGCAGAUGCUGACCGCUGCCCAUGCCCUGGCUGUGGAUGCCAAGAACCUGCUUGAUGUUAUUGACCAAGCCAGAUUGAAAAUGCUGGGGCAGACGAGGCCUCACUGAGCUGCCGCCACCCCUUGGACAUGUUCUCUAGCCUUCCACCAGCAGCGAGGAAUUCACCCGGGUCCUCGGUCGCCAGCACUCAACAGCUCCAACUGAAUGACAGCUGGUUGAAAUCUCUAAGCUUUACCACGUUUUGAUUUGGGUCAGUUUUGGUUAUUGUUUUUAAAUCAUGAUAUCCAGAAACGUCUGGGAUCCAAAAUGUGGCAUUUUUCUGAGAAUGAGAAUUAUACACUAAGAAGCUUUGAAGAAUCAUGAAGGACAAUUGGUGUUGGCGGUAAGAUGUGUCGCGUGGAAAUGGCCUGGGACCGUGGUCAUCCCUGACCCACCUUCGCUGCAUAUUGAAAGAAAAGCACGUGCAGGAAAAUUCAGAAACCAGGAGGCUGGACUCCUUCCUGCCAGGGCUACUGCGCAGGCCCAGCUGCAGUGUGCUAAUCCAUUUACAAAGAGAGAUACAAAAGCUAUAUUUUGAAGACUCCAGUCAUUUGAGAAGAAAAGCUACCACCCUUUCUGUCUCUCCCACCUUUUCCUUUCAUGUGGACAUUGAAGCCUUGGGUUGGGAACUAGCUAUAGAACAUAACUAAAACUCUUUCUUGUCUUUUUUCACCAGAAUUAUGUGCCAGUUUUUUGUAGCAAUGUAAUUUCUCUUGGAAGCAGAAAUGCUUUGUACCAGAGCACCUCCAAACUGCAUUAAGAUGUUCCAGAACCAUCCCUGUUUUCCAUUUUUAUAUAAUUUAUAAAGAAAGAUUAAAGCCAUGUUGACUAUUUUACAGCCACUGGAGCUAACUAACCCUUCAUUGUGUCACUGUCUUCCCAGGAGCAAAUUCAGCAGAACAGAGGGAUUUGGGUCUCUUUAGAUGUCUGGUUAUUCCACCACCCAUUCUGUUAGAUAAUUUUGAAAACUCUACCCUCCCUUUAGUUUGUUGGGGGAUAUAAAUUAUUCUCAGGAAGAAUAUAAUGAAUUGUACAGUUACUUUGACCUAUUAAAAAGGUGUCACCAGUAAAGUUCUUGUUGCAGUAGCCUCUCUUGGUUCUUCUUCAAGUCACUUCAACAUUUUCAGGAGGCUUGUCAGGUAGAACACAGGGAAGCUACCACCGUUUCUAGUUUCUUUCCUCCCCUGGUCUCCUGAGCAGGUGGAGAUGCCACGCACAGUGCCUCGCACAUGUCCACCUCUUUCUUCUGUCUUCACUCAGGAAAUAGGAAGCUUGAGGCUCCUGACCAUGGAGAAUUUGUUUGCAACCUUGGUAUUGUGGUAACCCAUCCAGACUUGAGGAAGCUGCUUGUAUGCAGGCCACUUACCAAGGGAAUUGUCAACUUGGGUCUCCCAGCCCUCCUUAAUCUGGCUAGAACCUCUCUGAGCCAGAAACCAGGAGUGAACAGAACUGGGAUUCACAGCAUUGGCACUGUGGGAAGGAGGUCGAGGAACACAGACCCCACCCAACCCCCAGAAGAGGGAUCC